UUUUGCCAACGGAGGAUGUUGUUGACAAGACAUUGUCGCGCCAUCCUAGUCGCGCGAUCCCGAUCCGACCGUCCACAGCCCCCCAAACCACGUCACCGGCCGCCAACGUGCCUCACUUCAGUUUUCCUCCUCUCGCAGACUCCCCAAUUCUAUCGCCGCACGCCGUCGCCGUCGACACAACGACGCAGCUGCAAGCAGCGGCUUGUCGCUCUCUCUCACCGCCGGCCGGCGGCAAUGGCGAGGACGACGAAGGGUUGGGCGCGCGGGGUAGUGGCGUUCGCGGCGGUGGCGCUCGCGGUGGCGGCUGGGCGGCAGUACGGGUGGGACGGGGAACCGGCGUUGGCGGCGUUCCGGCGCGGGAAGGGCGCUCUGGGGCCCUGGGCGGCGCCAGCCUACGUCGCGGUCCACGCGCUCACGCUCGCGCUGUGCCCGCCCUACGCCAUCUUCUUCGAGGGCGCCGCCGCUCUCGUCUUCGGCUUCCUCCCCGGCGUCGCCUGCGUCUUCUCCGCCAAGAUCCUCGGCGCCUCACUCUCCUUCUGGAUUGGCAGGGCAAUUUUCAAUUACUUCACUUCAGCAAUGGAAUGGUUACAGAGAAAUAAGUACUUCCAUGUUGUGGUUAAAGGAGUUGAGAAAGAUGGCUGGAAAUUUGUGCUACUUGCUAGAUUCUCUCCUCUGCCUUCCUACAUCAUAAACUACGCUCUAUCUGCGACAGAUGUUGGAUUUUUCAGGGAUUUUCUCCUUCCUACAAUUGUUGGUUGCUUGCCAAUGAUCCUACAGAAUGUUUCCAUUGUAAGCCUUGCUGGUGCAGCGGUGGCCUCCACAACAGGAUCUAAGAAGUCUCACAUCUACUCUUACUUGUUCCCAAUACUUGGAAUUGUGUCCAGCAUUCUCAUUUCUUGGAGGAUUAAGCAAUACUCUUCUGCUCUUGUUAUUCCUCAAGAGCUAAAAGAUCAACCUGCUAAUGGGAAGGUCGGUGACGAUGCCAAGCUGGGCCCAGUGCAAUCUAAAGAUACCACCUCUGAGAAAACUAGGAAAAGAAGGUGAUUGCUUCAGCAGUUUGAGUCAGAUGCAACUCAAGGUUUCCACAUUGGCUGAUGACUACAGUAAACCAUGUUGUCUGUUUCAUGCCCAUGGUUUUUUAGGGCAUUCAACAGAUGCUUGGUUAGCUAUCCCUUGUUUCUGCCUAUGAACAGUAAAAAUUUAUGGAAGCUCAGAUGUUGUACACCCAAGUUAGAUAGUAUCUGGUGGUUAUGGCCUAUCUUGCUUAAUUGAUCCACUUGUACCGAACUAUAUCUUGAAAAAUCAGAGAUGUUCUUUGGAUCUGGACUCUCUUCGCAGUUGUAAUGUAGGACAGCUGCUGUGCCUUUCUUUAUAUUAGAAGUAUAUAUGUUCUUUGCCUUGGCCACAACCCAAAGCAGAUUCUGCAGUGAACUCUAAGAAUCUUAUACAAGCUACAUUACACUAA